GCCGAAGACGAAGCCUUGCUUCAGGUUCUUCCUUUCGUCUCGUUUCCUUUCCUUUCCUUCUGAAGCCAAGUUGCGAUCAGAUGAUGGAUGGAGGAAAUAGGAAUCGAUUAAAUUCAACGUCCGUGCCGUCAGAAAAACAAAAGAGACUUCAAAUUUGACGAACAUCCCGCCCGCCCCCGGCCCUCACUACACGCCUUCCCCCUCAAUUCAAUUCAAUUGCAUGUCCUUCUCCACACUCCGCUCCAGAGGUUUUGUUAAACCCUAGGCAGCUUGAAAUCAGCUGCUGCUUCAUCUGCUCCUCUCGCGUCUACUGAGUACAGAAAUUCAAGUAUGGAGGCGGUAGUGGUAGACCCUGGCUCCAAGUUCCUCAAGGCGGGUUCUGCAAUUCCGGAUCAGGCUCCCGCUAUGAUACUCCCCACUCAAAUGAAACGUGUUCCUGAAGACGGCUCCGUGACCGAUUCAUUGUUUGAAGAUGUCUCUGUCGAUCCUGUUGUCCGAGGAUUUAUCAGGGACUGGGAUGCUAUGGAGGAUCUGUUGCAUCAUGUGCUAUACUCUGGCCUAGGAUGGGAAAUAGGCAAUGAAGGACAAAUCCUAUUCACAGACCCACUUUGUACCCCCAAGGCUGUGCGAGAGCAAUUGGUGCAAUUGAUGUUUGAAACAUUUAAUGUCUCUGGCUUCUAUGCAUCGGAGCAAGCAGUACUAUCUCUAUAUGCAGUCGGGCGUAUUUCUGGAUGCACUGUUGAUGUUGGCCAUGGAAAGAUAGACAUUGCUCAAGUCAUUGAAGGUGCAGUUCAACACAUUGCCUCGAGAAGGUUGGAAAUUGGGGGCGUUGAUUUGACAAAGCUACUUGCUCAGGAACUUGGUAAGUCCAACCCAGGGAUCAAUAUCAGCCUUGCUGAUGCAGAGAAAUUAAAGGAGAAGUACUCGUGUUGUGCUGAGGAUGAACUUGCUUAUAAGAAGAUCAUGAGUUCGAAUGACCUUGAAGAGAAGCAUACCCUUCCUGAUGGUCAGGUCAUUAAAAUUGGGAGAGAGAAGUAUACUGUGGGAGAGGCUCUGUUUCAACCAUCAAUACUGGGCUUGGAGGCCCAUGGUAUUGUCGAGCAGCUCGUUCGGAGUGUCACGCCUGUCUCAUCUGAUAACCACAAACAACUUUUGGAGAACACUGUUCUUUGUGGUGGCACUUCUCUAAUGAUUGGGUUCGAGGAUAGGUUCCAAAAAGAAGCUAAUCUCUGUUCGUCGGCUAUACGUCCUGCCUUAGUAAAACCUCCAGAGUACAUGCCCGAGAAUUUGACUCAGUAUUCUGCUUGGGUGGGAGGGGCCAUACUUGCCAAAGUUGUUUUCCCACAGAACCAGCAUGUAACCAAGGCGGACUAUGACGAGACUGGGCCUUCCAUAGUACACCGGAAAUGCUUCUGAUGACUCCUAAUAUCGACAAGAUUCGGUUGCUUGUUUGAUUGUGGGCAAUUUCUUGUUACUGUAGAUGGUGUGUACGAUAGAGUAACCAGACGGUACAUUCAGAGUGAUCUUGCAGCUGUUGGAGUAAUUUCUAGUUAUAUGUAAUUGCUGCUGCUUCUUCUUCUUCUUCUCUCUCUCUCUUUGAACAAUCAAAAUCAGAUAUGAUGAAAA